UUCUGUCGGAAGGCAAGGGAAAGUGACAGAUAGCACGUAGGCAAUGGAAGAGAGAAUGCAUUUGAAGGACUUUUGCGAAAUGGAUGCUUCGUCGAAACUUGAAUUUCUAAACUACGUUAGGCAAUGAUACUGUGUUAAUGAUAUUACUGAUAUUGCCGCGUCAUUGUUUCCGAAAUAAAACCUGAAAAAUAUCCAAAGUGAAUUUGUGGCACGCCGCUAAGAUUAUAUUUCCUAGGGCCCCAUAUUUCCAAACGGCUAUACCGUUAUUUUGAAGGAAUCCGUUACAUGAAUGAGGCAUAAAUCAUUAUUUUCAAUGGGAAAUUAACUGAAAUAACUGAUUUCUUAAUAUCGAAACAAUCAAUGUUUCCCAUGAUCCCAAGGUUUAGAAUAAAUUUACCACACCAGGACUUAGGCUUAGCCUUUUUAAGUCAUUUCGACGUUUGGUCAUCAGAGAAAUAUGUCUUGGUGGUAUACCAAAAAAAAAACCAGGUUGAAGGCGGAUUCGAAAUGUUUUGUUGACAGUAAAAAGAAUCAUGAGUAAAACGCGGAAAAGGGAAUUCUCGCACACUUAGAUCCUUCUAGAUACGUGCACUCCUGAAACACCGGACCCAUACGUCACCCAAACGAAAAAGAGAGAAAGGGAGAGAGAAAGAGAUAGAGAUAGAGAGAGGGGGGGGGAGAGCGAGGAGAAGAAAAGUGAAUAUAAACAAACAUUGGUUCAGUCAUCCACAGUGGAAGCUAUAAAAGUGAUUGGUCUUUCAUACAUCCAAUCAGUGUGCCGAACGGGACUUGCGUUACAAAAGCGAGCGAAGAGGAUCGCUUAUACUUCUACCCCAAAUUACAUUUUUAGUCUACGAUUUUUUAAGAGGUUUUAAGUAAAUUAAACCUGGUAUAUAUUUGAAACAGAUCUGAUGUUCAGUUGAUUGGUUUGAUUAUCUACUUUGACUUUGAAUUCUUAUUUUUGUCGCCAUUAUUUCUUGUGAAUUGUGAUUUACUGUGGAUAUCACAACUCAGGGAUUCAGACGUGUAUUGACUGCUGGGCAGAGAAGAAGAAAGAGUCAAAAUGGACGGGGAGCAGUUUAAACAGAACUCGGAAGAGAUGGCAUCCUACAUUGUCAAAUAUUUGGACAAUAUCUCGGACUACCGUGUGUUUCCUGACGUAGCGCCAGGAUACCUGAGGAAGAUGCUACCAGAAGAAGCUCCAGCUAAGGGAGAAGAAUGGCAGGACAUUAUGUCAGAUGUUAAUACCAAGAUCAUGCCUGGGGUAACUCAUUGGCAGCACCCGCGAUUCCACGCCUACUUUCCGGCGGGAAAUUCAUACCCAAGUAUUCUCGCAGAUAUGCUUUCAGAUGCAAUAGGCAGCAUAGGAUUUUCGUGGGCAGCGAGUCCUGUAUGCACAGAACUUGAAACAAUAAUGAUCGACUGGUUAGGUCGAAUGUUAAACCUUCCCAAACACCUUCUUCCAUUUGCCGACAACUGCAGAGGCGGAGGAGUUAUUCAGGGUUCAGCAAGUGAAUGCACUCUCGUUACCAUGUUAGCAGCGAGAACGAUGGCACUGCGCAGGUACAAAGAAAAGUAUCCAGAUAUAGAGGAUGGCGUACUGCUCACAAAGUUGGUAGCAUACUGCUCAAACUUGGCACACUCGUCGGUUGAAAAGGCGGGAAUUAUUGCAUUUGUCAAAACACAUCAGCUCCCGACAGACGAUCAGUACUCCCUUCGGGGGACCACACUCCUAGAAGCAAUUCAGCUCGACGAGGAAAGAGGACUUAUACCAUUUUAUGUGUGUGGAACGCUCGGAACGACUGGAUGCUGUGCGUCUGAUGCUAUCGACGAAUUGGGUGAGAUCUGCCAGGAGAGGGGUCUAUGGUUCCACGUAGACGGUGCGUAUGGGGGCAACGCCCUUAUCUGCCCCGAGUUCAGUUACCUCCUUACUGGUUUCGAGUAUGUAGACUCGUUCAACUUCAACCCAAACAAGUGGAUGCUCGUAAACUUCGAUUGUUCCGUAAUGUGGAUACGGGACAAGACAGCUCUUACCAGUACUUUCAAUGUCAACCCUCUAUAUCUUCAACAUGAAAAUGACGAUGCUGCAAUAGACUAUAGGCACUGGACAAUUCCCCUAAGUAGAAGAUUUCGAGCACUGAAGCUAUGGUUCGUGAUCAGGUCGUACGGGGUAGAAGGACUUCAGAAAUACAUCAGGAAUCAUGUCAAACAGGCAAAGGCAUUUGAGGAACUUGUGUGGAACGAUAACCGCUUCGAAGUCUUAGGCGAAGUCACAAUGGGUCUUGUAUGCUUUCGGUUAAAGGGUGAAAACAGUUUGACGGAAAGACUGCUGAAGAACAUUAACGACUCUGGGAAACUACACAUGAUACCCUCCUCACUCAACGGCAAGUACGUCAUCAGAUUCGCGAUCUGCCAUCAAUACGCCAGCGGGGAUGACGUCACAUACGCUUGGGAUGUUAUCAAGAUCAUGGCCGACGAGGUCUGUCGACCACCCGGCCGUCUUCUUCGCCAACGUCGGCCAUCUGUUCUCGACAACAGAAUCACUGCCUUUAUGCACACCACGAGCUCCCAGUACGCAGAGAUGCUCCGGGAAACACCCGAAUCGCCAUCGACAUCGGAGACCAGCAGCGCCAGCGAGGACGACAAUGAGGUCAAGGGCGAGCAGGAGGACGAGAAGUCAUUAAAGGCCAGCUUGGCCUUUCUGGAAACGCGCUUCAGUGAUGCCAUCAACAUCCCCAACGCACGAGGCAAUUGGGAGGAUAUCAACAACGCGCGUAGUCCGCGAGGUGCUGGCAGCCAUCGCGGUGUCCGUACUGUGAGCGAUUCGACAGCGCAUUCCCGUCGUCGGAAGCAAAGCGUCUUCCAGCGUCCUGUCGCAUACGAGAUAGACGCGUUCGGGACCCUAAAGGAAAGCUUCCGUGUCCAAAGGCUGAGUUUCGACAACGGAGAGCAGAAAAUCAAGAGCAGACUUAACAACAGAAGGAUGACUAUAUUUUGAGCAUGCAUUGUCAUCUAAUCGUCUUCCUUUUUACACACUUCCAUUCCCUCGUAAUCAAAUAUUAUGCGUCUUUAUGAAGGAUACACGUUCGUCGGGCCUAUCUGCAGAUCGACUGUUCAAUACCACUCAAUAAGUUGUAUUUAUUGACGUCUGUAAGAGGACGUGAGAUAGACGAAGAGUCCGUUAAGCCAAGGUGGACAGUACACGAUCUGUUUGAAAUGUUUAGGAUCUGAAUCCGGCAAAAAGGGUGUAAGAUCAUUCGAUUUGAAAAUUCAACCCUGUACCAUGCUGACGAUCAGAGCUUCAAAUUAUGGUCGGUCUGAAUAUAAAAUCGAUUUUUCAGUCAGAGCAGUCAUUGUCAUCGGCUGCGAUUUGAAAUGCGUCUUGGACUUUAUCCCGACCGGAAAGCUUGUAGUUUAGCAAAAAAAAUCAGUAUUUUAGGCAUUAUUAGGAACAUCGAAUUCCACAUUUAAUCCUUUUGUAAAAAUAAUAGUAGAAAAGUCGGGUCGUAGCCGGCGAAUCGCGGCGUAUUGGGCGGCAGAGCAUAACAUCAAUUUGUCAACUCUUGUCCCACUUUAAUUGGCUUAAUGAUAGUCACACCAAUGAAACGAACUCAAACUAACGCAUUAUAUGUCAUUCUGCCAUUAAAAAUAAAGCAAUAGUUUGAUCUGUCUCACUGUCUGGAGUCGGCUUCGUCCGUGUGACUUAAGCAUUACAUGGAACGCUACAAAUCUGUUUUUAGAUAACAUAAUCGUUGAACGAAGCCCCAUCGUCCACAAUGCCAUCGGCCCUUGGCACCAAUAAGUUACCCAUUUGAACCCCAGAUUUUAUUGUGUAUGACGCAUUAUGUAUAAUGAAGGCUUAAGAUAAAGCUCAGUCACAGAUAUAAAAAAUAUAUAGAUUUCAAAUAGAGAAUGCUUGUAUUCUUUCUUUCAUAAGUAACAUUUCCCUUUGUGUUAGUUUAUCUAUUCAUGCUUAAAGUUGAAGGUAAUAAUUUUUUGUUAUGUUAUUAAUGCUAUCAGAACUGAAUUACUCACAGGAAUACAACGUGUACUACUCUUGUCCCAAAGUAUGUCAGGCUCCUUUUAUAACAUUGACAUUCAAACUAAUUUUAUUCGCCCGUUCCUAUAUGACGUUCUACAUGAGUAUGAUGAUCAUUAGGCCUUUUCUUUCCACGAUCACCAUGAUAAUGACAACUGUCGAAGUAUCCAAUGCACUAAUUGCAAUUACCUUUGAUGUAGUCGGCCACUUUCCAGGCAAACAAGCGUUUCAAGGAAAUCAAUUGUCAUGUCUGGUGGGUGUUUCAUAAAGCUGUUCGUAAGUUAAGAGUGACUUUAAGAACGACUGGUGAUCCUUUCUUCUGGUAAAUGAUAUUCAACAUUAAAUGUUCAUUGGUGAUUAUUUCGCGCGUAAGAAAGGAUCACCAGUCGUUCUUAAAGUCGCUCUUAACUUACGAACAGCUUUAUGAAACGGCCCCCAGGUAUCUAUUAGCAUGAUUAGGGUCGAGUACCUGAACAAUGUGCAUGAUGUGUGAAAACAUUUCUUGCGAAAGGAAAUAAGUCAUGCAAGAGUCAUGAUAACUACCACAAAAUGGAAUAAAUCGUUUCUUUUUUAGAAAUCACGUGUUAGCGUGAGAUGAUCCCCUACACGGAACUCAUCUAAAAGUAGUAUUUUCAUCUUGAAAACAAUUUCUUUGGGAGGUAGUUGUCGUCCAAUAUGCAUGGUGGCAAUAGCAUUACUCAAAUUUUUAGUAAUCUUUACCAUCCAUCCGAGAGUGUCCUUUUCGAGGUUUAUAAAGUUAAAAGAGUGAAAUGAAAUGGAGUUAAAUACAGGCAUAUUAUCCGUUCAAAUAUUAACAAAAAGACACGUGGGGUUUAUACAUUAUCACUGGCGCAAUAACCUUUCUUAUUCAAUGUUAUCUGCUUAGAAGUACACACUUUCAACCAGAAAUGUGUCUUCAUGCUUUUGACACUGUUUACAAUUUAGUAAGUUCAUAAUUAUCUGAGUUUAUACGCGAGCAGUUAUACAAAUACCAAAAAGUAUUUUUGGCUUCGUCAUGAAGAUGCAUAUUUUAGUCGUUGGGUCAAAGUGCUCAAUAAGCAGACCAUGUACUUGAUGUAUUUAUUUAGUAACCCUAGAAUCUUUCAAGAUGAACAAUUACGAAAAAGGGUACAUGCAUACUAUUUUACUCUUGCCAUGAUUGUAUAUAUUCACUACAUAUUUGUAUUCAUUUCAGAUGUGUUAUCAGAAGUUCUUCUAUCGAUUCAUUAAUAAUAGGAGGGGUUUGUUGUGCUUUUUUCCGUAGAUGGGAUUCUAAUUCCUUGCUCCACCCGAGUUGCUCAUUUCUCUGGCACAGAACAGCGACCGGGGGGCAGUCAAAUAAAUUGCUGUACACAUGCGUGACCCCCCCCCCC